AUGUCGGAUUUUAGUGACUCUGAUUCGGACUAUCAACCGCCGCCAUUAUGGGAUGGAUCUAAUUCGACUAGCAGCGACUCGUGUUUAUCUCAAGACGAUGUUUCACUUCUGCACGAAAGCACACCAGUGCCCCCGGAGCCACCGCGACCUGACUGGCAUCAACCUAACGGAUCGCGACAAAAGAGGUUUCCAUUGGAUAUACAACCAGGUAUUAAUAUUUCUAACAAUUGUAACAGGGAACUUGAUAUUUUUCGAUUAUUUUUAAACCAAGAUAUUAUGGAUCUUAUGGUGCAAAUGACCAAUUGUUAUGCUAAUAAGGUAAAAAUACUUAAAGUUGUCACACGCAACAUGAGACUUGCCAAAUGGACAGACUGUACUGAAGAAGAAAUUUUAAAAUUCUUGGGCCUGCUGAUUUUUAUGGGACUCAAUAAAUUACCUAAAAUUAGCGACUACUGGAGCAAUAAAAAACUGUAUAAAAACGAAAUAGCUCGCCAAGCUAUGAGUAGAAACCGAUUCGAGCUGUUAUUGAGAUGUUGGCAUUUUGAAGACAGUUUUUUCCAUGCAUCAAAUACAGACCGUCUUAUAAAGAUAAGACGUUUGGUGCAGUUACUCACAGCCACAUUUCGAAAUGCCAAAACACCUGGAGAAUAUAUCACUGUGGACGAGACCAUGGUAGCUUUCAGAGGGCGUAUAAAAUUUAUGCAGUACAUUCCUGGCAAAAGACACAAGUAUGGGAUCAAACUUUUUAAAGUCUGUGAUGAUGACGGUUAUACGUACGACCUUAUCGUUUACGAAGGUAAAAACUCAAGCGGGCAAACCAAUACACCUACGAAUUUAGUAAUGAAACUAUGUCAACCUUACCUAGGGGUAGGCAGGAGUGUGGUGACGGAUAAUUAUUAUACCAGCGUCGACUUAGCGCAACAAUUAUUGCAAAACGAUACGCAUCUGAUUGGUACAUUACGCAGAAACAGGAAAGGAUUGCCGAAAAAAGUUGUUCAAGAAAAAUUGAACAAAGGUGAAAUGAUCGCUUUAGAAAACAAUGACGGUAUUCUUAUACUCAAAUGGAAGGACAAGCGUGAUGUUUUAGCUUUGUCGACAAAACACUCUGUUGGUUUUGUUACUGUUACGAGCAAAAGGAACCGUAACAAGAAAGUUAUGAAACCUACCCUGAUUGCUGAUUAUAACAAACACAAAUGCUCCAUAGAUUUAUCAGAUCAAAUGGCAAGCUAUGCCAAGCCUGCCAGAAGAAGUAUCCGUUGGUUCCAGAAGCUAGCCAUAGAACUGUUAUUUUCGACUGCUGUCACAAACGCUUUUAUAAUUUACAAAACUCAUAAGCAGCUUAGUAGCAAGAAGUACACCAUAACGGAUUUCAGAGAGAAUCUCUGCUUGCAGAUGUUGGGAAUCACUUCCAGUUCGAACUCAGUGGGUAGUUUGCCAAGGCGGCAAAUACAACAUAAAUUCAGUAAAUCAACACUUACUGAUCAUAGAGGAAGACUUAUUCGGCGACGAUGCAUCCAUUGUUAUAAAAAAAACAGAGAUGCUGGACUAUCAGCUAAAGAAGCCAGAGAUCAAACAAAAAAGGAAAUAGGAUUAUUUUUAUUUAAUUUUUGCGUUGGUGCGCGACACGACUUAGGGAAUAUAUCCGGAGCAGCACUCACCUGGCAGGCGGGGCGGGCGGCGGCUGGGCGGCGAGUGCCGCGCGCCGGCCGAGCCUCCAGCAGCAAGGCUCGCAGGGCGCGCGGAGCGAGCGCCGCGGUGUUCCGACCGUACAGUGCGCAAAGCGACGACGAGCCCGACGACUGCUUGCAAGUCACUUAG